AAUACCUAACCCAUGUGACGAAGAUUUCCUCGGGCUUUAUUGGUCCGUGGUUCAAUACCAAUUAUAUAGUGUUUACUAUAAAGUGCUGUAAUAUCAGUCAUUAGCACGAUACCACCUGUGACAAAGAAACAGUUAGCUUAAGAUGACAGGGAUACAGUAGAAUACAACAGAUAGUUUUUCAACUGGAAUAGAGUCUCAGUAAAAACAGUAAGACAGGUACACAGUCUAUAGAAAACAUUUUUAUCAGACAUAAAAUGAGAUUGACGUUACUGCUUUCCAUACUUUCCUUACUUUUCAUCAGUGAUGUUUUUUGUCAAACAAGGACCGAUUUUAUACGGGCUCUUCUAGUGGAUUAUGACAACAGAAUCACGCCUAAUUUUGAGCAAAACAUUCCAACUGAAGUAGAAGUGAGUCUGUUCAUCAAUUCAAUUGAUUCAAUAAAUGAAGAAACUAUGGAUUUUACAAUGAACACAUUUGUACAACAAGAGUGGAAAGACACACGUUUAGAGUUCCAUGGUUUUAUUGACGUCGAAUAUCUUGAACUGGAUGCUGGUUUAAUCAAAGAAAUAUGGGUACCAGACCUCUACUUUACAAAUGAAAAGGUUGCAUCUUUCCAUGAUGUAACUGUACCCAAUAAAAUGUUACAUCUUUUCAGCGACGGCAGUAUUGUGUACAGAUUAAGAAUUUCCUUGAAAGCAUCUUGUCCCAUGGAUCUGUACAAAUACCCUAUGGAUGAACAGACAUGUUCAUUGUAUCUUCAAAGUUUUGCUUUUACAACAAACGGAAUAGUAUUUAAAUGGAAAAACGAUUCGGCGGUUCAAAAAAGUAACAGAUUUGAAUUACCACAAUUUCGAUUGGUUGGAAAUGACACAUUGGAAUGUAAUGAAAGCUAUGGAACAAACGGAAAUGCAACAUUUAGCUGUAUCCAGCUCAAUCUUCAUUUCAUGCGGAACAUUGGUUAUUAUAUGAUACAGUUUUUUGUACCUAGUGUGAUGAUUGUUUUACUGUCUUGGGUCUCGUUCUGGUUGACGAUCGAUGCUGUUCCGGCACGCAUUUCGUUAGGUAUUCUCACUGUUUUAACUAUGACGACACAGAGAUCAGCGGGUACUGCGUCACUUCCGAGAGUAUCAUAUAUUAAAGCGAUAGACGUUUGGAUGGGAGCUUGUUUAGUGUUUGUAUUUGCUGCGCUAUUAGAAUUUGCAUUUGUAAACGUAAUGGAACGGCGACAGAUCAGACGAGUUCAAAGUGUUCGGCUCAAAGGGAAUGGAGAAAGUAAACCUUGUCUGGAUGAAUUGGAAAGGAAUAUUUACAAGCCACCAAUGACUGGUCACAAGAAAGCCAAGACAAUAGACAAUGUUUCACGCGUUGUAUUUCCUAUAUCUUUUAUAUUAUUUUGUGCUGUGUAUUGGGUGUAUUACGUGAUGUGAGAACAGGAAGCCAAUCAAAUUUGCAUAUUUAUAUUUCGAUUGGAUACAUUAAAUAAACGGGGUUUUUAAAAAAGGAAAACUGCAUGAACACGUUCUCAAUGCGUACUACUGCUGAAGUUUUCUAACAAAUGUAAAUGUCUGUCUUGUGUUACUUAACAACGAAGUUUAUUAUUUUAAGAUUCGAGUUUAAAAGACGUGAAAUAUAAAUAUUAAUAACAUAAAAUUAAUAUGCAAUUUUUCAAAAUUGAAAUGAUAAGUAUGUGAGAAAAUUAACAAAAGGAAAACCUAUGACUUAAGAUGAUGGGUUUCAUAAUAUGAAAAUAAGGAGAUGUGGUAUGGUUUCCAAUGAGACAGCUAUCCAUCAAAGUUUAAAUGAAGUGCAUGGAUGUAAGUUAUUAUAGGCAACCGUUCGGCCUUCAACAAUGAGAAAAACCCAUACCGUAUAGUUGGCUUUAAACGGACCCGACAUGAAAAAUAUGAAACAAAUCAAUUGUGAAAAUUAACGGCAUAAUUUAUAACAAAACAAUUUACAAAAAAUAAAUACAUGUAUGACAGACAUGAACCAACAACAACCAUUGAAUUACAGGCUCCCGACUUGGGAAAAGCACAUGUAGAAUGAGGCGGGGUUAAACAUAUUUGCGGGUGCAUAUGUACACAUUACAUUUCGUAUAAAUAUCAUUAUGUUCAAAAUAGAACUUUAUUAAAGUACGAGUUUCUUAACGUUGUAUGGAAAAAUAAGAUCAUUAUUAAUGUUAAUAUCAGCACAUAUUAAUUCAAACUUCUGUUGAUAUAAUCAAAUUUGUGACACACGCAUGAGUAAAUCUAUUAUUGAUUGAAUUAUCAACCAUUAUAAUAAGUUUGUUUGAAAAUUCAAUUCUAUAUUCUUUAAGGCAUUUUCUCUAUUCUUUAUAAAUUUUGUCCAUUAUUCUCGAUUCUUUAUAUUUUGCCCCCUCCCUUCCCCCAAUAUUCUAUAUUCUUUAUUUUUUGGCCUUUUUUUCUCUCUAUUCUUUAUUUUAUUUACCCAUUUUUCUAUAGCAUUGACCCAUUAUUGUCUAUUCUGAAAACCUUAUCCAGACCAUCAGACAUACCUACAAACAUAAAUAAGUUAACAAAUCUUAAUUUAAGUGUUCAAUUUCAAUGGCAAAACAGAUUAAUGCAAAACUUUAGUUUUUCAAUCAAGUAGAGACAACUCGGAGUAGAACAUCAUCCCACAAGACCUACACAUUUGAAUAGGACAAGAAUUAAUAAUUUAGUAUAAUAGCUAUUUCACUGAUCAUUAGGAAAUCAUGAUUUUGAAAUAUAUUGUUGUGUUGAAUAAUUGAAAUAUGCCUAUGUAUGAAUUUCUGAAAUCAGACGAUUAGCUGUAAUAUAUACGUCAAUGAGACAGCAAGCCAACCAAACAACUACCAUCCCUUAUUUUAUAUUUUUAUUACUUUAAAUAUGUGCUAAUUAUUAUUUAAAUGUUUGUAAAUAAAAAAAUAAUGACACUGAA